CGGGGCCGCGGAGGCGCGCGCGGACGCGGAGCUCCGCCGGAAUUCUUUAGGCUGCCGUGCGGCCACGGGUGGGAGGGCGGUAGCCGCGGUACGCAGAGCCUCAAAACCUAGGACUUCUGGGAGCUGAGGAACCCCAGGAGCGGAGCCGGGCCUUGGGGGAGAAACGCGCGGUGCUGCUUGCUCAUUCGCUUUCCUUGCUCAGUUUAGGAAGUGGGUGGCGGCGGUGUGGCCGGCGUCUCGAGGUAUUCCAACGCCCGCGUCCGGGGAGAAAAUUCACCUGUUUCGAGACAGCGCCUCGGACUUGGAGGGAGCGGUGGCAGGCUCUCGCUCCUGGCACAAUGGGCUGUACGCUGAGCGCCGAGGACAAGGCGGCGGUGGAGCGGAGUAAGAUGAUAGACCGGAACCUCCGCGAGGAUGGCGAGAAAGCAGCGCGGGAGGUCAAGCUGCUGCUGCUCGGUGCUGGUGAAUCUGGGAAAAGUACAAUUGUGAAGCAAAUGAAAAUAAUCCACGAAGCUGGUUAUUCGGAAGAGGAAUGUAAGCAGUACAAAGCAGUGGUCUACAGUAACACCAUUCAGUCAAUUAUUGCUAUCAUUAGGGCCAUGGGGAGGUUGAAGAUAGACUUCGGUGACUCAGCUCGGGCGGAUGAUGCCCGUCAACUCUUUGUGCUUGCUGGAGCUGCCGAAGAAGGUUUUAUGACUGCAGAACUUGCUGGGGUUAUAAAGAGAUUGUGGAAAGACAGUGGUGUACAAGCCUGUUUCAACAGAUCCCGGGAGUACCAGCUUAAUGAUUCUGCAGCAUACUAUUUGAACGACUUGGACAGAAUAGCUCAGCCAAAUUACAUCCCAACUCAACAAGAUGUUCUCAGAACUCGAGUGAAAACUACAGGAAUUGUUGAAACCCAUUUUACUUUCAAAGAUCUUCACUUUAAAAUGUUUGAUGUGGGUGGACAGCGGUCUGAGCGGAAGAAGUGGAUUCACUGCUUUGAAGGAGUGACCGCCAUCAUUUUCUGUGUGGCGCUGAGUGACUACGACCUGGUUCUAGCUGAAGAUGAAGAAAUGAAUCGAAUGCAUGAAAGCAUGAAGUUGUUCGACAGCAUAUGUAACAACAAGUGGUUCACAGAAACGUCUAUUAUACUUUUCCUAAACAAGAAGGAUCUCUUCGAAGAAAAAAUCAAAAAGAGCCCUCUCACUAUAUGCUAUCCAGAAUAUGCAGGCUCAAACACAUACGAAGAGGCAGCUGCAUAUAUUCAAUGUCAGUUUGAAGACCUCAAUAAAAGAAAGGACACAAAAGAAAUAUACACCCACUUUACAUGUGCCACAGAUACUAAGAAUGUGCAGUUUGUUUUUGAUGCUGUAACAGAUGUCAUCAUAAAAAAUAAUCUAAAAGAUUGUGGUCUCUUCUAAGUUUUGCAGUGAAUGGUUAAAUGUAUUUUCAAACCAAAAGAGUACUUACAUGUGGAUCUCUUUAGACUAGAGUCUUGCAGCAACACAGAAUGUAGUUAGUAUACAGCAAACACAUCUGGACCUGAUCAAAUUUGUUAUGUUUUUUUUAACUGAAAGUUUAAGAAAAAAAAAGACCUUUCUUAAGCGUGAAAGGUGGUCUUGUAGUGUGAAACUAAGGACAGUGUUAAAGCUGGGCUCUAGUAUAUUGAGGAUUUCUGCGUAAGUGUAAAUAUGCAAAUGUAUGUAUACAUGUAUUUAUAACUUUGGUUUUCCACAUUAUGGGUUUCCACAUUGCUUUUAGGUUUUAAGAGCAGCAACUUACCAUUCUAGUAUGAUUGCUUUGGAAAUAACAGAAAUAUUAAGUACUUUGUAGUCAGUGAGACUAUUACCAUGUUUUCCAGUUUUAAACAGCUUUAUUUAUGUUCAUGCCCUAUAAGUUUUUAAAUACAGUAAUUAAUAUUAGGGAACAUUGAAACCCUUAUCUUGAUAAUCUUGUAAUCAUAAAAAAUGUUAUUUGUACAAACACUGCACAGACUAUUUUAAUAACAUGAUUUGUUCUUUAAUGCUUUAUUGAAAUGUUCUUAAAGAGGAUGAAUAUAUCUGCCUUUGGAUUAUUUAAACAUGGUAUGCAUUUUAUUUUUUCUUUUAAGAUUGCAUGCUAAUCUAAUUCUACAUUAGAUUUGGUUUGAAAAACUAAAAUUUUAUAUUUUGAGGAUAUACUAUCUUAGACUUAUAAAUACUUAAUUUUUAUUCAGUUGGUUUGUUUUCACUUUGAAUUUUAAUAUUUGGAUGGUAUUCAGGCAUUGCCUUAAAGGUGGUGCCAGAUUAAUUUUUAUACACUUUAAAUAAUUACCUUUUUAUUUAUAACUAAGUUUUGGUGGAUGAUGAGAGCAUUUUUGGGUAAAAAAUAUGUCAGCAUAAUGAAUUUUGAGACAUUCAUUUGUGUAUUUCCUUUGGGAAGUCCCUUGUACCUAGCAUAUAUGAUAGCUCUUUGUUUGGAAGAUAAUAAGAAAGAUCUUUAAAUGUUCUGCUGCUGAUAUAAUGCAAGCUUUUAAUUCAUAUGUAACUAGUUUCAAAUUUAAUCAUCACAUUAUAUUAAAAUUACUUUUUCCCUUCAAUUAUUCAAAUUUCCUCCUUGCUUGAGUUGAUAUUAUUUCUUUUUAAAUUUUGCUGUUAUUUCUGAGAAUGAAAUGGGCAGUUACACUUAGAAGAUGAAUAACAGUAUUUAAUAAAGUCAGUGAUUGUAUGUAUGCUCAGAUAAGUGUUACCAUCAGCUAGCUAUUGAACUUCAGUAGUCAUUUUUCUUUUGAUUAUUCAUGGUGUCCUGUGACCUCAUUUCUGAAAACGAACAUCAUUCCCCACCCUACUUGCCUUUUUUCACUCAUCUUGAAAAAGCCUUUCAGUGAGCUCUGUGGAUAAGGAGUUUCUGAGUUGAGUUAAUGUGCUGUCAUUUUGUCAAAGUGUAUUUGUUGAACUACGUGUAUGUGUGUGUGGGUGAGUGACCACAAAGUACAUUUAUAUGUUUCAUCUUGGGAUUUGUUUUUCUUCUCUCUAAUGUAAAGAAAUUCAGAGUUGUCGAAGUUCCUUAAGUGUGUUAGUUUAGAUUCUUUAUGUGCCUUUCAUGAAAGAUACGUUUUUAUUAAUUUUACCAGUGGGAGAACUGUAAUAUCCAUAUUGUGAAGCUAUGUAUGAAAUUCAACUAUACUGAAUAAAUUUGAAUCAUGAGGAAUACAGUUUAAAAAGCCACAAAGAAGCACAUAUUGGUGAUCAUAAUUGAUGAAUUCCUAAACUUUAUUCUGUGUAAUUGUGUUACUAAUAAAUCCUAAUAAAUUUAAAUUUUUAAAAUUUUA